GUUCUGGGAGCAGCAUCGAUAGUAAGUAAACACCACGCUUAACAGUCACGUUGACAACUGCCAAUGAACCGAAAUUAAUCCUAUUUCCUUGGAUUUACAUGUUGUUUUAGGGUUUGGUCGAACGGAUUGCUUUGUUUUGUUUAGGUCGUUUUGUUAUCUGCUUGUUUACUAAGCUAAAAUGGAAUCUUGUGCUUUUAUAUUGUUGUUAAUCUGUUGAAGGGCGAGUUAGCUUUCAAGUUAGCAGCAAGUAAGUUAACUUGUUAGGUGGAAUAUUUCAGCAAGCACUUAAUAAAUUCGUAGGAAAUAACGUAACGUUAUGCGUUUCAGAUACAUUAUUAUGUAAACGCUUGUUUGUAUGUUUGGCAGCAGUUAAUUUAAAACCAACUGAAGCUUAUAGUGUAUACUUUUCACUUUAUGGUAGAAAAUUGUCCUUCUGCGUUUUUGCAUUUAUUACAGAUAUGCAGAUGUGCAAAAGAAUAUACCAAGUCUCUAAUCAAGUUAAUAGGAAUAGGCAUUGUUUGAUCGGCCUAAAUGAAUUAUAUUUCACAUCUAUGUCUGCCUAUCACUGCACAAGUCCACUUCUUAUGUCAAGAGAUAUUGAAAGGUUGAGAAAGAAUCCCUUAAAUUCUAAUAAAGUCGCAAAGUCGUAUGUGUCAAGGUAUAAACCCACUCUACGUGAUGAUACUAGUAUUCCCAAAAUACCAAAAACACAGAGCAGACAAUCUCAAGUGGCUCCCACAGAGAAAAGAUCUGUAAGGGAGAGGAAAGUGGCUUCUGAGCUUCAGAAACUGAGGUUUGAGGAUUUUGCCGAGUCAGAAACUGGAAAGAUCUUUGGGAUUCAUAAAGACAGUAAAGGCGAACAGUUGGAGAUUGUGUUUGGAGUGGCCCCAUGUUUGCUGGCCCUCAUGCAAGAUAGAAGAAGGCCCAGUCGCCUCUUCGUAAAGGAUGAUAAAGGGCCCCAGAGAGAUGCGAUCUUGAGGGUCUGUCAGGAGGGCAUCAAGCGUGGUGUGCAAAUCCAGAGAGUCGAUAAGAAAACACUCGACAAGAUGUGUGGUGGAAAAGUGCACCAGGGGUUGUGUCUGCUGGGAAGGUCUCUAGGCUUUGUCACAGAGGAACGACCAAUAACAUCUCAUCACGAUCACGAGAAGAAUCAAGAGGCGUUAUGGCUGGUUUUGGACAGAAUACAAGAUCCGAUGAAUCUCGGUGCCAUUUUACGGUCUGCAUAUUUCCUGGGAGUGGAUCGGGUGGUCAGCAGCAUUCAUAACAGCUGUCCAUUGACACCUACAGUGAGCAAAGCCAGUGCUGGUGUGAUGGAGGUCAUGAAAGUGUUUGGCUACAGCAACCUAAAAGAUUUGAUCAAGGUAAAAGCAGAACAAGGCUGGCAGGUUGUUGGCACAGUUGGAUUAGAGGAAGGAAAAUCUGAAGCGCCAGUUGUGCCGUGUUCCCAUUUCAAGAUGUCCAGACCUACACUACUGUUAAUGGGUGGGGAGGGAGAAGGUUUGUCUUCUGAGCUGCGGCAGCUGUGUGAUGUUCUGCUCACUAUAUCUCCACGCAGAGACCUGCAGCCUGGAGUGGAAUCACUUAAUGUGUCUGUAGCCACAGGCAUCCUGUUGCACUCUCUCCUGUCCACCCGCACACUAAGGUGAUGAUGAUGGCGGCAGGACUGCAGCAUUAUUUACUCGGACGUCUCUCAUUAGCUCGCUACAGUGAUUAAUGACUGGAUUACUUCAUCAAUUAACAGUCUGAGAGUCUGGAGAGGCCCAUUGAUCAGAUAAAGAGAGACUCUACAUGCGUUCUGGCCCUUGACUGCUCUAUGUGACCGACUUGUUUAAGGCAAGACCUGCUCUGUUCUGGGUCUUUGUGAGCUCAGGGUGUUUCAAAAUAAAACUUAUAAAUAAACAUAUGCAUUCAUUCAUUGGUUUUUGCAUUCAAUCAAUUAUUUUAAAGUAAAUCCCUUCAGUAUGUUUUAUUUAAAAUAAAAAAUCAGAACAAGGUUAAGGAUUAGGUGU